AUGCGAUGGUACGAUAUACUACAAGAGUAUGAUUUUGACAUAUACCAUCGUCCGGGAACAAAAAUGUUGCAUGUUGACGCACUGUCGCGUGAUCCGGUUUCUGAACAGGAAGGCGAGACACUAGACGAAGUAUUGGCUGGUCGGUUGGAUGUGUGCGUUUCAUUGAAGACAGAAGACAAGGUACGGAUGGCUCAGCAUGAAGACGAAGAGUUGCGCCGGAUAUGCAACAUAUUACAAAAACCUGAGGAGCAGAGAACGAAAGCCGAAAAGGGACUGGUGUGUGAAUACAGUCUGGAAGGAAGCUUGCUGUAUAGAUGGUACCAAGGCCGACUACUGUUUUUAAUGCCCAGGAGCAUGCGCAAGAGCAUUGUGGUGUCAGCGCAUGACUUGGGAGGGCAUCUGUCUGUCAACAAAACGGUAUGUAAAAUAACUCAAGACUUUUGGUUUGUGGGACUACGUCGUUAUGUCAAACUUCACAUUCGGAUGUGUAUGGAAUGUCUGAUGACAAAAAAACCAAGAGGACGACAACCUGGUCUGCUGCAUCCCAUACCACCAGGACGAAGGCCGUUUGAAGUUGUUCAUGCAGACCAUGUAGGGCCGUUUGUCACGAGUACUGAAGGGAACAGGUACAUUUUGGUAUUAGUAGACAAUCUUACUAAAUAUGUCUGUUUGUUUCCAGUAACGGAUACCAGUACGGAAGGAGUGUUGUAUGUCAUGGAUGAGUUCAUAAACAGGUUUGGACUACCUAGGAAGUUGAUCACUGAUCGAGGCUCUUGUUUUACAUCUCAUCGGUUUGAAAACUACUGUGAAUCACGUGGAGUCACACACAUACUUAACUCAACGCGGAGACCGCAGGCUAACGGACAAGUAGAGCGAAUAAAUAGCACCAUCCUAGCCAUGUUAAUUUCUCGAGCUGAAGAAGGACAGUGGGACGAGUUACUGUCUGAUGUGCAAAAACAGAUCAACAACAGUGAGUCUAAGGUGACGAAGUUAACACCAUUUGAAAUGCUGCACGGGUAUAGACCACGGUUUGAGUUAGGUCGAUUAAGAGACCUUUCAACUACUAGCGAAGAGUGGGUCUGCCCAUCUGAGCUCUGGGAAGAAGCAAGAGAAGAAAUGAUCAGGUCCAAACAACGUAUGAAGAUAGCUUAUGACAACCAUAGACACAACCAAACCAAAUACACUGUGGGUGAGGUGGUAGUCAUGACCAGGGUGCCGGUGUCAACAGGUGAAUCCACCAAGCUGCAAGAGCGUUAUCGUGGGCCUUUGGUAGUAACAGAGGUUUUAUCCAAUGAUAUCUACCGAGUAGCGCAGCUUGCAGAGGAUACCAGACGAUGCUUUGCAACUACAGUGCAUGUGUCUCAAUUAAAAUCAUGGAAGAUUGGGAAGGAAGAACUAGAUGAAAGUGAAGGAGGGAUGACAACAAGUGGAGAACUGUCAAUGGAAGCUGAAGACAUACCAGACGAAGCUGGAACAAUAACUGGACAUAACGAGGAGGAGUCAACAGAUAUGAGGAGGUCUGGACGAGUAAGGAAGAAGCCUGUAAGACUUCAGGACUAUGACUCGCAAUGA